CAAGUGGCAACAUUAGCAGCAGCCGCCGCCGCCGCCGCCGCCGUCAUACCCGGCGCGCAUUCUACACCACCUUCCCCCUCCCCCACCUCUAAACCACCGUCACCAAGGCCAAGGCCCGCCGUGGCCUAGUGCCCACUCAUCCUCAACCUCACACGCACCGCAGCCUACAGCUGCAUCUCCAUCCGACCUCUCCGUCGGCCCUGGACUAUCAACCGUGUCGCCGAGCAAAAUGACACGGUCCCCAAUUCGCUCCGCCCCCGUGGGUCCCGGUCCACACAUCCACGCUCAUCCGGCGCCGCUCCCGACCCCUCCUCUCACGCUCCGCGGAUCCUCACCUUCCCCAUCGGAGCGUGCGGGCCGCAAGACUGCUCCACUCUUUACUCUCACACCCUCUGUCUUUCCCCCGUCCGACCUGCUGUCCGACGACGAGGACAUCUCCAGCAUUUGGAAUGUUGUUUCCCGUGCCGCUGAUGUGGUCAAGGACGGCGAGCGACUUGAAAACCUCGCUUGGAGGCACUGGGGCGGCGCUCGAGUACGUCGUCGCUACUCAUCAUCGUCAACCGACACCACCACAUCUGCAUCGGUUCACACUCCGGUCGACCAGCCUACCCUGCAUCACAGACAGAGCUUUGAGAGCAACCGCCGCUCCUUUGCCAACAAGCUCAAAUUGCUGGUCGAACAAAACUCUUUCAAGGACUGGAUAGAAGAUGCGCGCGAGAACGCAAUAGUCGUCGAGUCGCCGCGGCUCGCGCCUCACCUCGCCCUUCCCGGAACGCCCACACCCAACCUCGAAAUUCGGUUAGUGGAGCCAACGCCUGUGCCCAGUCGCGUCGGUUCGCUGGGUGGUAGCGUCGGUGGAACCACUGCCUUCGCGAAGCAUGUUGGGCAACCGCCCGUGCGCGAGGAGGAGAUUGAGGAGGAGGUUGCCGCCACCACUGCGAGCGAUUCCCCUGAGAUCCAGAGGAUACGCAAGCGCGGCGCCAGGGGCGGCUUUUUCAUACACCAGAGUCCUGGCAAGGUGAGCGGAACCUCUGAUGGAUCGUCAGACACUUCUGCGACUCGAGCUCCGGUUCUCGCCCCUGUCUCUACCGAGCCGGAAGCAAUCGCUCCUGCUGAGCAACCGCCAGCGCCAGCGCCCGAAGCAAACGGUGGGCCCAGUGACUCGUCUCAAUGGAGAAGCUCGGCAGAAUCAUCGUCGGCCGUCGUCAUGAAGAAGAAGGAGCCCCGUCGGCAUGUGUCGAUGGCCACGAUGCGAGGCAGAUUCCAAGCUGAGAAGAGAAUCGCCGUGCAGGCCAUCGCCGCUCGCAAGAAGUUGGAGCAGCAACAGCAGCAGCAGCAGCAGCAGCAGCAGCAGCAGCAGCAGCAGCAGACCGAUCCCGAUCAUGGGGACGAGGAUAAUGACGACUCGGAUUGGGAGGAUGACGACGACGACGAGACAGCAGCCGGUAGCGCCAGAGUAACCGAAGUCGAGGACAACGAGGACGACUGGGAGGACGAGGUGUCAUCUGCUGCCCCUUCAGCUGCGCCAUCGCCCCGCAACGGCAAGAUGAACAAGAAGGAGCGCGCGGCAGCCGCUGCCAGACUCGAGCUUGAGAAGGAAGCCCUGCGCAAGCGCACCAUGUUUGCCAAAAUGCAGAUAGACCCGCCGGCUGUCAAGCAGCCCACCGAGGGUCUCCUCAGUCGUGUUUUCCGCACUGGCAAGAGCAUGAUCGACCUCACCGAAGCUGGAAGCAACGACGAGCAUGCCGCAUUCCGGCGGACCCCGACGCACGCCAACUUUGGCACCAUGGCCCACUCACCUGGGGCCGCGGCAGCCCCCAUGUUCCGAUCCAACAGCGCGGUGGCGAUGCCUGUGCAGACUGAUGUGACAGUCACGGCGCGUUCGCACAGAUCGGGGACUAGUGAUGAGAGGCGCUCGCACCGGUCGGGCACCAGCGACCGGGUGCCCGAUGAUGUCGAGCUCGAGACCGAUGACGAAUCCGAGGACGACAACUACCUCGCUUCGUCACGAGUCCGUGCGCAGCUCGAGGCGCUUGAGGCCCGGCGCGCCGCACGGCGCGCAGCAGCCGCCGCUACCACGGCUGUUGCCCCUGCUCCACCUGUCAACAACGACUUGGCUAGACCUGUCCCCGCGCCCGUGUCAGCGGCUGCGCUGGGUUCCGCCAUGGGCGAGUACGACGAGUACGGUGUUGCUCGGCCAAUCUCUCCGACUUCGCGACGACGCAUGAUCAUCGUGCGCGAGAUGUCCGAGUCGCUUCGAAGGAGUGAGUGUAGACGAGUCGCCUCAGCUGACAAGCAGAUAUCAUUCUUGAACGCGAGAAGUCGUCCGGUCCACCUCGACCACCUCCCCACAGGCGGCCCCCUCCGUCCGUUCACACCCACUCCUCCCGCGGGUCGGCCUUGAAUCUCACUCAGCUUCGCGACCACGCACGCGAGAACGGAGUAGACGCAUCUGGCUUCCAGCGCCACAGCGCCAACUAUCAGGAAAUGCGCCCGGAGAAGGCGUUGGAGCGCCACAACUCACAGCCCAACCUCACAGCAUAUGCUGAGCGGAGCCCGACAG